AUGGCCACAGCGGCUUUCCAGGACUCAGCACCAGCUCAGCUCCGCUUCCCUCUGGGCACAGCCACUCUGCCGUGGGGCAGCACCAUCACCAUGCACGUCUCCAGGCCCAAAUCUGCCAAGGGACAGAGGCCAAGCUUGAGCCACUGUCAGGGCACGGAAGCCUGUCCGUGCCAUGUGCCAAGUUCCCUGCCGGCAGCCUCUCCUCGGGAACUGGUGAAGAGCCGGAGAGCGCCGCUCACAAAAGCGGCGUUCCCUCCUGCCAAGGUGUCUCCUGGGAAAAUCCCAAAGCUCCUGCAGCAAGUGCCUUUGAAGACCUCCUCCUCCUCCUCCUCCUCCUCCUCCCUGAACAGGUACCGGGUGCUCCCCUCCAUCGGCCGGAAGGGCACAGGGAGCAGCGCCGUGGAAGCCUUGGCUGAACGCACCAACCGGCUGGGAGUGAGCGAGGGCCAGGAGGAUGCUCCAAAAGCCACCAAGGCUUUUUCUGGAGGACAGGGAUCUGCCAGCACACUGUCAGGAAGUGGCAUUCCCACUGAAGAGAGCUCACAUGUGCACUGUGCCCCUGAGCAGUGGGGAGGGCAGGGGAGGCAGGAGAGCCCCUGGGUGCUCCCUGCAAGCCUGGAAGAGCCGCACGUGCUGCUCGCUGUCCGCUCUCCCUCUGGGCAGAGGUUUGAGCACCACUUCAAGCCCUCUGACAGCCUCCAGACCGUCCUUGCUGUGGCAGGACAGAAACUGUUGGCCAACUACCAACACUGCAGCCUUGAAACCAUGGAGGUGCCCCGGAGGAGCUUCUCUGACCUUACCAAGUCCCUUCAGGAGUGCAGGAUCCUGCCCAAGUCCGUGCUGUGCAUCCGACAGGACGAGCAGCAUGAUGCAGCAGAUCUUUAGGCACACAGACACUGUGGUCCUUCUGCUCAGUAAGCUGCAUUGCUUCUUCAAAAAACUGAGAGUCUGAUGCUUCCUGCACCUAGUUCUUAAUCUUCUAUCUCCCACAAAAUCCCCAGGAAGCAGAGUUAGGGAUAUCUAAUAGUACUUGAAAUAGUAUUUCAGAAAAUAGUAUUUCAGAUGCAUUAACCUGAUUCAUACAGAACAGCCUGUGUCACCUGUGCCAUCACAAAUUUCUGCCUCAGCACCACCAACCUUCAGCCUUUCUGGUUUGUUGAAGUUCCUGAUGUUCUUUGAAAACUCAGGUUUCCAAGACCUCUCCUCUUGUCCUUUUCCAUGUUUUGGGAAGGUACCACUUCUCUGAAUGCAGAAGCACCAUUUGGGAAGGUAGAAACAGAACUGGUUUAGCUACAGGACCACCUUCAAUAGCUUAUCAUUAUCCUAAAUGUCUUCUCAAGAGACUGAAAAGGAGAUCAAACCCCAAACCCAUCUGGAAAUAACAGUAGUAACACAGGAAUGAGUUAUUGUGAAGUAUUAAAUUGCAAGACUG